CUCCUGAAGGGGUGGCUGGCGACGGUGGGGUUCACAGGAGCCCCGCUGGGUGAGGAGUUGCAAAGUGGCUCCACUGCGUGCUCCAGACACGCACCAGAAAAGCCUCGCUCGCAGCCCUUCCUGAGUCCAGAUGCACUCAAGCUGGAAGAGGCUGAUACUCCUGUCUCUGCAUGAGGAGCCUACACCCACCGCAGCCUCCCUCGGCGCCGCAAUGUUCAACGUCACCUCGCAAGCAUCAGCUUUGAACGGAACCUUUGCGCAGGACAGCAGCUGCCCUGACACCGAGUGGUGGAGCUGGCUCAACACCAUCCAGGCCCCCUUCUUGUGGGUCCUGUUCGUUCUGGCCCUGCUCGAGAACAUCUUUGUCCUCAGUGUCUUCUGUCUGCAUAAGAGCAGCUGCACAGUGGCAGAGAUCUACCUGGGCAACCUGGCGGCAGCUGACCUUCUCCUGGCCUGUGGGCUGCCCUUCUGGGCCAUCACCAUCGCCAACAACUUUGACUGGCUCUUCGGGGAGGUCCUGUGCCGUGUGGUGAACACCAUGAUCUACAUGAACCUGUACAGCAGCAUCUGCUUCCUGAUGCUGGUGAGCAUCGACCGUUACCUGGCCCUGGUGAAGACCAUGUCCAUGGGCCGCAUGCGCGGCGUGCGCUGGGCCAAGCUCAACAGCCUGGUCAUCUGGGGCUGCACGCUGCUCCUGAGCUCACCCAUGCUGGUGUUCCGGACCAUGAGGGAGUACCGUGAUGAGGGCCACAACGUCACCGCGUGCAUCAUCCACUACCCGUCCCCUACCUGGGAGGUGCUCACCAAUGUCCUCCUGAACCUGGUGGGCUUCCUGCUCCCGCUCAGCAUCAUCACCUUCUGCACGGUCCAGAUCAUGCAGGUGCUACGCAACAACGAGAUGCAGAAGUUCAAGGAGAUCCAGACAGAGCGCAGGGCCACCGUGCUGGUGCUGGCUGUGCUGCUGCUGUUCGUGGUAUGCUGGCUGCCCUUCCAGAUCAGCACCUUCCUGGACACACUGCAGCGCCUCGGCGUCCUCGCCAGCUGCUGGGACGAGCAUGUCAUUGACAUCAUCACGCAGAUCAGCUCCUACCUGGCCUAUAGCAACAGCUGCCUCAACCCGCUGGUGUACGUGAUUGUGGGCAAGCGCUUCCGGAAGAAGUCUCUGGAGGUGUACCACAGGGUGUGCGGGAAAGGGGGCUGCGUGUCUGAGCCCGUCCAGAUGGAGAACUCCAUGGGAACGCUGCGCACGUCCAUCUCAAUGGACCGGCAGAUCCACAAGCUGCAGGACUGGGCAAGGAGUGGCAGUGAGGGGGCGCCACCAGGGGUGCUGUGAAUGCCUGCGGACCAGAGCACAGUUGCUCUGCGGCAUGGGCCCAGCACGGAGCAGGAGACAUGCUGGGUGACCUUGGGCAAUGGGCCUGCUCCUGCAGGAGAACCCGAGUGGGGGAUUCCUGCCUGCCCCGUCACAGGAGCAGGUCUGUGACAGUGGGGUAGGCACAGCCCAGUCUAAGGCAACCUCAAGCCACCAUGUUAGUCUUACUGCAGCCACUCCUGGGCCAGCUGGCUCCUUCCUAAAAGUGGAGGGGACCUGGGGCAGGGAGGGGCAUGACUGAGGACAUGGUGUCCCUCCCUGCCCUGAUCUCACUGCUUAGUGCUCCAGGAGAACCCAGCCCAGUUUUGGUGCUCUGACCAAGGGCCUGUGCGGCACUGGGUGGAAUCUCUGUCCUGGUGUCCGUUUACCCUUGCCGCUCGGACUCUGGAGGAUGAUUUCUCAGUUAACACUGAGGAGCAUCAGACCAAGAUUCCAUGGCCCUCUUCUCUGAGCCAAAAAGAGCCCCAAGGCACUCCCUGCGCUUGCAGUAUAUGCAGCCUGGACACUGAGGAGAGACGGCACAGUCUCCACCUCGAAGGAGCUCAGAAAUUCCAUGGGCUGAGAAGGCCUGAGGGGAGGCAGUCACAGCAGGCCAUCUGUCCCACAGUGCUCAAAGUAGGCCCCGUGGACAGAGCCCGGGUCCCCACUCAGCCAGAACUAGGUGCACAACACCCUUGCCUCUGCCUCAGUGUCCCCUCUGUACCACGAGGUUGUGGGAGGGGUUAAAGUGGCAGUGGACAUAGAAGGACUUUGGAAAAUGAAAGGUGCUAUGUAAGUGUGAGGCGUCCUGAUGCGCAUGGACUGGGAAUAAAUUAUUAUCAGGAAAAGACACUGAGGCUCGGAAAUGGCUCUGUGGAUGAAAACCAGCAUGGUGCAUAAGGUGGAAGAUAGCGCAACGAGCAGGCAAUCCAUCCCGCUCGGCCCUCUGCCGCUGCUCCCCACACAUGUUACACACACACAUACACAUGCAUGUGCAUGCAACACACACACACGCUUCAGGGAAGCCCACCCGCAUUAGGAUUGCAAUGAGGCUGGGAGAGAUUUCUGAGGGGACCACUGCACUCAGACCCUGGCCUGCUUCACCUCAUUCCUGUCUUCCCCCAGUUUAUUUGACUGUGGCCCAGAGUGACCCAGAGAGGAGCUUGAGUAGGAAACAGUGGAGGGCGCCGGAGGGCAGCAGCCCUUUGCACUCCCCAAAGCAUUACCUGCAGGACCACCUUCCCCACAGCAGGCUCAGCCCCUCAUCGGUGAGGGUGCGGCCUGGGCCCAGCUGCACUGGUCAGGUCAGGGCACGCAUGACUCUGAGGAGCCCUUGGGGACAAGGCACCCACGGGAUGAAGGGCCUGCGGCUAAACAGAGAUGGGAAAGCAAUUCCCCCAGCAGCUUCCUGGGGUGUCUGCUUCCCAAUGGGGCUUGGGGAGGGUGUCAGGGUCAGGGGAAGAGGGUGUAGCAGUAUUGGUCAGAGGCAGAGGGGACAGCCCAAGUCUCCUUGGGGAAUUCAUUUGUUUUCCUGCUCAUCUUAAUAAGCUGCCUCCUGCAGCCAGCACAGUGCCAAGCCCCAGGGGAGGAUG